AGCAAGAGUUGACCAAUCAGGAGCGGCCACACUGCUUGUUUGGCAACAACAUUCGCUCUGGUCGCACUUGAGACGGUAUUUGUACACCCGCCUAUUUAACAGUCCAACUGUUGUAGACAAGUUUUGAUUUUGACGGAAAAUAAUCUCCUUAGUUUCUUCUUUUUUUUUUUUUGCGUGUGUGUGACCGUAAAACUCAGUUUUUACGUACAGUGUGUUACGAUAUCGAGUCGUCGCUGGAACGUCAGCCCCAAAAGUGAGAAGUUGAAAAAUGGACGUGGAGGACUCUCAACCGAAGACGAUAACAAUUCUCCUCAAAACACCCAGCCAGGCUGUGGAGGACCAAACAGUCGAAGGGGUCCAUCUGAACUGGACGGUGAAAGACUUAAAGACGCAUCUGUCGGCAGUCUAUCCAACUAAACUGGCUGAGAGUGACCAGAGGCUAAUCUAUGGUGGCAAACUUCUACCCGACCAUCUUCACAUAAGAGAGCUCUUCGCACAGACAGAUCCCAUUCCUACACUGCAUCUAGUCUUUGCUGCUAAGAUGCAACCCAAAGCACAUCUGGGAGCAAGACCAAAGGUUAAAGAACCAGCCCAGCAGCAUCCCUCUAGUCCAAGGCCCACGCCACCCCCUGCUUCUGCCAGUAGCACAGCAGAGCUAAGACAGAGGAGGCAGGCAUCUUCAACUGCCACUCCAGUAAACACACACGCGCCAUCACCACCCCCAGGAGUUCCUGCAGGGCCUGACGCAAACGUGCCUGGAACACCACAGAUGACUCAACCAGCAUUUCCAGGCUACUCUCUGUAUAGCCCCCAACAACUUAUGUGGCUCCAACAUGUCUAUGCUCGACAAUAUUACAUGCAAUACCAAGCAGCUAUGGCAGCAGCUGGCACCGGCCCCUCCAUAGUACCUCCAACUGUUGUCCAUCACCCUCCUGUACCCGCCCACCAGGUACCUGUACCAGCACCCAUUGCCAAUCAGAACCCCAUCGACAAUCUGCAACCAGCCAACCCGAACCCAGCACAGGAUGGUGCGUUCAUUGACGCAGGCGUAGCCAAUCAGAAUAUGCGAAUGAAUGCUCAGGGUGGCCCUGUAGUGGAGGAUGAGGAAGACAUGGAGCGAGACUGGUUGGACUGGUUGUACUCCGCCGCGAGACUUGGUGUUCUGCUCAUGAUUGUAUACUUCAACUCCAACCUGAGUCGCUUCCUUCUGGUGAUGGGCACCCUCUUCCUCAUGUACCUUCACACUGCAGGCUGGUUCCCCUUUAGAAGGCGAGAGCAGAUCCAAGGACCCAACCACCUGCAGCCCCCUGAAGUCCAGCACAACGAGGAGAAUGAGAACAGAAUCCCAAAUCCUGUCGCUGAGCUCGCUGAAGGACAGAGGGAACUCUCUGCUGAUGCUGAAGGAUCAGAUGAACGUGAGCCAGUGACAGCUCUUUUGGUGCCUCCACACAGGGUGUCAGUCAUGUGGACAGCCUGGGUUUUUUUCAAAACAUUUUUCUCCUCGCUCAUACCUGAGGUUCCUCAGGACAUGGCCAACUGAUCUGCUCGGACAGACCAUCCCCAAGCAGACCUGAGGUGUAGUUACCCAUGGAGUGGUUCUUUUUGACGGUGGAAGAAAAACUUCGUGUACCAAAACAGCAGCAUUAUGUACACAGGUAUGAGAGACUGGAGCCAGCCUAGUGGGACAGAAUGUUGGGCUGGAGCAGUCAUGUAGUUCUUUAAUAAAGAACAGAAAUACAAUAUUGAAACCAAACCUAAAUCCUGCAGUACAAAAUCACAUUUAUUUUGUUAUUUGAAAUUGGGGUGGAGAAAGUUCCACAUUGAUUGAAUUCUUGCUUCACAAGGUCUUGUGAUGCUCCAAGCUGUUAAAAGAAAGUCUACCCAUUGGCCUCUCCAUCUCUUUGAACUUACAAUAAUUGUCUCAUUCACACAUGUGCCAAAGUUAGAUGGUGUGGAAAACCAAGCUAAACCUUUUUAUUUUGUGUAUUUUUUCUGCAUGCUUAAAUGAUCAGAUGCAAUUACGCCAUGUAUUGUCUGUAUAGCAGGAAAAAAAGCAUUUGGUUGGGGUGAAUUAAAGUUCAUUUUAUCACCUUG